AUGAAAAGCCUGAUGGCAGCCCAAUCCCGUCUUGAUAGCACUAACAGCACACCAGAAAGGAUUUUUACGCAACGUCAGCUAUCGAUUCGCGGACGUGCCACCAUUGUCAAUAGCUUACUAUUUUCUAAAUUGUGGUAUGUUUUGCGCCUCACACCCUUCAACCAAAAUCAGCUCCACAAACUUCGCCAGGUAGGUACCGCCUUUAUCAACCGCGGAAUUUUCCCAAAGCUCUCCUUGGAACAACUAACUUCCCCUCGCUCUCAAGGGGGUCUCGCUACACUCGAUCCUAACCUUCAACAAUCUGCGCUUGUAUGGCGUUGGUUAGGCCUAUUACUGCGUACGACCGACUCCUCUCGACUAACUGUAGUCAUGACAUAUUUGCUUUAUACCUUCAAAUGGUUUUGUAAAUCCACAAUACUACCUUCCUUUCAUUACUAUCUGUUAUUUCCCAACUAUCGCAGAGCUCAGUGGUUUCCUCGUAUGAUUCAGGGCUCUCAUCUGUCGUUCAUGAAUAUAUUUAAAAUAUUCACACACGCGAUUGACUCCACCUCCUUUUCUAUUCGAACUAGUUCUCUGAAUCCUUUUACAACCCUCCCCUUAUCCAUUCUAGACGUUCUUCAAUCCCCUGAGACGGAUCCCCACCUGUUGUCUCGAUUAGUGGGUCAACACCCUGGCGUGAGAGAUAUCCGUACUACGGACGUUUUACCUAUGAUUUUGCCCAACUACGAAUUUGACUACGGAAUGCCGAUGAGGUUAUCGGUCAUCGAAACCUCACCUACCUUCUACGUAGCUUGA